AUGGAAAAAGAUUACAAUUUCGAAUCCCUUCGUACGGAAUACAAUGAUACGCUCGAGAAAUCGUUCAAGACUAAAAAUGUUGAGCUGAUAGAGCAGAAGGUAAAAUCAUUGAACAGGUCGGAUUUGGAUUUGAAGACGCCUUUGGAUCAGACUCUUCGGGAUAUCCUGUUGGGUUUGUUGGAGCAGCAGAGUAAUGUAACUGUUUUGAAAGAGUUUGUGGACUUUUCGAUAGUCCUAUGCAGGAAGGGCUUGAGUUCGCCUACGAUGCCCGUUGUGCUUCUCGGAGACAUUUUCGAGACGCUUACGUUGGAUGUUUGCGAGGAUAUGUUCACGUUUGUGGAACAAAACGUUAACGUUUGGAAAGAAGAUUUGUUUUUCUCCGGAUGCAAAAAUAAUUUAUUGCGCUUGUGCAAUGAUCUUCUCAGGCGACUUUCUAGGACAACAGCCACGGUAUUCUGUGGAAAAAUUUUGUUGUUUUUGGCAAAGUUCUUCCCUUUUUCCGAACGUUCAGGCCUGAAUAUUGUUAGCGAGUUCAAUUUAGAGAAUAUAACGGAAUAUGGCAUGGAUCAAAUCGAAGACGAUUCCUCUGAAAUUAAAUCCGGUGAUAGUAAAAACAGCACUGUUGAUUUUACAUUCUACUGCAAAUUUUGGCAACUGCAGGACUUCUUCAGGAAUCCCAAUCAAUGUUACAAUAAAGUUCAAUGGAAGCUGUUCAGUUCUCACGCUAUGAGCGUAUUAAACACAUUUCAAGGCAUAAAGUUAGAUUACGUGACUUCGACAGAAAACUCUUCGAAUUUGGGCUACUUUGCAAAAUAUCUAACCAGCCAAAAACUCCUCGAUUUGCAGUUGCAUGAUGUGAACUUCCGAAGAUCAGUAUUGCUACAAUUCCUCGUAAUAUUCCAGUAUUUCACAUCUACCGUCAAAUUUAAAUCAGAAAUGCACGAGUUGAAAACCGAUCAAAAAGAAUGGAUCACCAGCAACACCGAAAAAGUUUACAAUCUCCUCAGAGAAACUCCUCCCGAUGGCGAAGAAUUCGCUCAAAUCGUUAAACAGGUGUUGAGCCGCGAGGAAUUGUGGAACGCUUGGAAAAACGACAGUUGUCCAGAAAUAAAAAAGACUCUACCUCAACAAAGCGAACAACAGGAAAAAAGAACCAAUCCCGAGCGACCUCUACUCGGAGACAUCAUUAAAGAAGCCAACGAUCAAGGGAAAUACUACAUAGGCAGCGGCGAAUUAACCAAAUUGUGGAACCAGUGCCCCAACAAUCUAGAAGCCUGCAAAGGAAGAAACUUCCUGCCGACUUUAGAGGAAUACUUUGCGGACGCCAUACACACCAUCGAAACCAAUCAAAAAGUAGAGGAUAGCUCGCUGAAAGACAGCAACUUCGGCUGGAGGGCGCUGAGACUGUUGGCGAGGCGCAGCCCGCACUUUUUCAACUACAACAACACCAUUAUCAACCCGCUGUCGGCCUACUUGGAGAUGAUGGUGCGGAAGAUAGCGCACGAGAAGCCGGGCAAAGAGACCCCGCAGGAGGCCCAAAACGACAACGAGCUGGACAACCUCAUCACCGAGACCGAUCAAACCACGGAAGAUCUCAAACCCACCGACCAGGAAGAGUUUAUGGACGAUACGAACGUUCGACACGAUCAUAAAAAUAUCACGUACGAACAAGUACUGAUGUUUAGUGAGAAAAUCGCGCCGGAGUGGCGGAAACUGGCCGUUAAAUUAGGAUUCAAACAAGACGAGAUAGAUUUUUUCACGAACGAGAAUCCCACUCCGCCGGAACAGGCGCGAAAUUUGCUACAAAUUUGGAUCGAGGACGACGAGGACGCGACGUUAGACAAUUUGUUGUACAUACUCGAAGGGUUAGAAAUGAGCGAAGCCGCAGAAACCGUAAGAGCGGAACUUACAGCGACUCCCAUGGAGGUUUCAUAA